AGAAAUAAGGAGAGUGAAAGCGAGCCACACGAUGGGGUAUGGCGGAAGAAGAAGCAUCGACCGAGUAAUUGAGACGGAUCAAGCUGCUAUUGACUAUGAGAGAGACUCUGUUUCCAAUUACUUUGCUCUCUGUAUUUCUCGCCGGGAGUUCACAUUACCUCUCGGAACAUUAAUCCUCCCUCCUUUGAUUAGCCAACUCUAGUGUUGUAGGAAGGGCUGCAUGCGAUUUCAACUCUAGUCUAGUGGCUUCCUUUUUUUCUCGGGACAAUUCGCAGCCAGGUGUGUUGUAUUUCCCGAAGGUUCGUUGUGCUUUUCCUUCGAUCGAAGAAUCAAUCAUUCGGUAAAUUGGAUAAUUUGAUUGUGGAGAUCAAGAGGUGAACUCUGAGUGUGAUGAGUGAGCCAAAGGUCAGGCGUUGGGUUGGAAAGUACGAGGUUGGAAGAACCAUUGGUGAAUGUGCUUUUGCAAAAGUGAGGUUUGCUCGACAUUCUGAGACAGGACAACCCGUGGCUCUCAUGAUCCUUGAUAAAGAGAAGGUUCUUAACCAUAAGAUGGCUGCUCAAAUUAAGAGAGAUAUUUCUACUAUGAAGUUGAUAAACCAUCCAAAUGUUCUUCAGCUUUAUGAGGUUUUGGCGAGCAAGGCGAAGAUGUAUAUUGUCCUAGAGUUCAUCAGUGGUGGAGAGCUUUUUGAAAAAAUUAAAAUUGAUGGGCGCAUGAAUGAAGACGACGCACGGAGAUACUUCCAGCAGCUUAUCAACGCAGUUGAUUAUUGCCACACCAACGGUGUGUACCACAGAGACUUGAAGCCAGAAAAUUUGCUUCUUGAUGCUCAAGGAAAUCUGAAAGUCUCUGAUUUUGGAUUCAGUGCCUUGUCCCAACAAGUCGAGGGAAAUGGCCUUCAUCACACUGCAUGUGGAACUCCAAACUAUGCUGCUCCUAAGGUUCUUACUGAUCAAGACUACGAUGGGGCAAAGGCAGACUUGUUGUCAUGUGGAGUGAUACUCUUUGUGCUACUUGCUGGUUAUUUGCCUUUUGAGGAUUCUAGUCUCACGACGUUGUACAAAAAGAUCUCAUCUGCUGAAUUCAGUUUUCCUACUUGGCCCUCUUCUGGUGCUAAGAACUUGAUCGUCCGAAUCUUGGAUCCAAACCCUAUCACUCGUAUCACAAUUCCAGAGAUUUUGGAAGAUGUGUGGUUCAAGAAAGAUUACAAGCCAGCUGUGUUUGAAGAGAAGAAUGAAGCAAAUUUGGCUGAUGUGGAAGCUGUUUUUAACGAUUCUGAAGAUGGGAGAGUGCAAUUGAGGUCAUUUCCUUGUGUGAUAUGUUCAGGUGGUACUACUUGUGGCGACGUUCGUUCAAGGACCAAACUGAUGAACGGGUUGAUAGAACGAGGGAGACCGCAAGAGGCACAUUCCAUUUUCAACACUCUUAUUGAGGAAGGCCACAAGCCAAGCAUCAUCACAUACACCACUCUUGUAACUGCAUUGACCCGUCAGAAGCACUUCCACUCUCUCCUUUCCCUUAUCUCUAAAGUCGAGAAAAAUGGCCUUAAACCCGACACCAUUCUCUUCAAUGCCAUCAUCAACGCCUCUUCCGAGUCUGGAAAUCUCGAUCAAGCAAUGAAGAUCUUUGAAAAAAUGAAGGAAAGUGGAUGUAAACCCACAACAAGUACAUUUAAUACUCUCAUUAAAGGAUAUGGAAAACUUGGUAAGCUAGAGGAAUCUUCAAGACUCCUGGAAAUGAUGUUACGGGAUGAGAUGCUCCAACCAAAUGACAGAACAUGUAACAUACUUGUCCAGGCUUGGUGUAACCAGAGGAAGAUUGAAGAAGCAUGGAACAUUGUAUAUAAGAUGCAAUCUUAUGGGGUAAAACCUGAUGUAGUAACUUUUAACACAUUGGCAAGAGCAUAUGCGCGGGUCGGGUCAACAUAUACAGCUGAGGAUAUGAUCAUACCAAGGAUGUUACACAACAAAGUUAAACCAAAUGUACGUACCUGCGGUACCAUAGUGAAUGGCUACUGUGAAGAGGGUAAGAUGGAAGAAGCUCUGAGGUUUUUCUAUAGAAUGAAAGAACUUGGAGUUCAUCCAAAUCUCUUUGUUUUUAACUCUCUAAUCAAGGGCUUCCUUGACAUCAAGGAUAUGGAUGGAGUUGGCGAGGUGGUGGAUCUGAUGGAAGAAUAUGGGGUAAAACCUGACGUGGUAACAUUUAGCACCUUAAUGAAUGCAUGGAGUUCUGUUGGAGAUAUGAAAAGAUGCGAAGAGAUCUAUAGAGAUAUGUUGGAAGGAGGAAUAGAUCCUGACACUCAUGCAUUUAGUAUCCUUGCCAAAGGGUAUGCUCGAGCUGGAGAGCCCGAAAAAGCGGAGGAAAUCUUGAAUCAGAUGAGAAAAUUUGGUGUUCGCCCAAAUGUAGUGAUCUACACACAGAUCAUAAGCGGUUGGUGCAGCGCGGGUGAGAUGAAGAAAGCAAUGCAGGUAUAUAACAAAAUGUGUAGAAUCGUUGGUUUGUCGCCUAACUUGACUACUUACGAGACUCUUAUAUGGGGAUUUGGGGAAGCGAGACAGCCAUGGAAAGCGGAAGAGUUACUGAAAGACAUGGAAGAGAAGAAUGUUGUUCCCACAAGGAAAACUAUGCAACUCAUAGCUGAUGGAUGGAAAGCUAUUGGUGUCUCUAAUAAUAAUGAUGCCGAUACAUUGGGCUCUUCUUUCUCAACUUCCUCCAAAAUCAAUAUCCCAAAUCAUACCGUCUCAUCGAAAAGCCCAUUGUUCUUAAAGGGAAUGCCUGAGAAACCAAAGCUAUGCAUCAAGUCUCAGUAUGGUUUGAGGCAGAGUGUUUUGGUGGUGUUGUGCAGAGACCAGUUUGGGGAAGCGGGGAGAAUUUGCAAAUUCAUAUAG